GCUUCUCCCCCGAUUUUCCAAAAUUUGAGUCGCAGAGGUGGAGGGAGAGGAAGAAAGACGAAGCUUGAAGGCGGUAGCCAUGGCGGCGGAGGAUUUGGAGAACGGAGAGUUUUACUUGAGAUAUUAUGUGGGGCACAAAGGGAAAUUUGGACACGAGUUCUUGGAGUUCGAAUUUCGACCCGAUGGAAAGCUUCGCUAUGCUAACAACUCCAACUACAAGAACGAUACCAUGAUUCGCAAGGAAGUCUACCUCACCCCUGCUGUCCUUCGGGAAUGCCGUCGAAUCAUCUCCGAUAGCGAGAUUAUGAAGGAAGAUGAUAAUAAUUGGCCAGAACCAGAUCGGGUUGGACGACAGGAGCUUGAGAUUGUGAUGGGAAAUGAGCAUAUCUCCUUCACCACGUCUAAGAUUGGAUCUCUUGUCGAUGUGCAGAGCAGCAAGGAUCCUGAAGGAUUGCGGAUAUUCUAUUAUCUUGUUCAGGAUCUGAAAUGCUUUGUCUUCUCUCUCAUUUCACUCCACUUCAAGAUCAAGCCAAUUUAAAGACCGGCCAAAAUUCCUACUGUGCAAUUUGAGGAAUGUGCACUUCUCCAAACUGUGAAAUCAUUUUUAGGCUUUUUGGGGUAUCUGAGAAUUCUCGAUCGUAUAACAGUGUUUGAUUUCUGAAUGAAUAUUCAAAAUUGGAGAUUUGGAAUCUUUAUUGUUUUUGGAGUUCCAUCUUCUGGAUUUUAUUUGCGUGCGGAAGAUAUGAAAUUGUAUUGAUCUUCAUGUUGCUGAGUUAUCUGUUG